CUCAUCCGCAAAAUACUCAAGCCUUGCACCUUCCUGGCAGUGUCAUUGACAAGCAUACCGCGACUUCCAUUUCUAUACUAUUCAUUUUGUGCAUGUCACUUUGGAAACGUCUUCUCCCUCAACGAUUUCCAAAAGUUUCUUUUUGAUCAUGCCUUCUGCUGGAGAUGAUCUUUAACGUCUCCAACCACAAGGCUUAUUUUUGACCUCGACGCGCAUCGCGCUUGUCAUCUAAGCUACACUUCACCCUUCAUUAACAACAUCACCGAAUCUGCACGGUCGCAUUAACCUGCAUUAACCCGCAUUAACCUCAUCAAAUCCGUCUAUCUUUAUUACCUACACACUUCCACUAUGUCGGCGACGCGAAACGGCCAUGCGAAUGGCGGCGACAAUGGCGACUCGGUUCCCGCGCCGAUAAGCAAGCGAUUCGCCGACAUCCCUAGCGCCAUCGACAUUCCCGUGCAAGGAGACCAAGAAGAUGAGGCCGUCGAGAUUGACUUGGAGGACCUGGUGGACGAUCCGACCGAACUCUGCACCUUAUUCGAGAAUGAACAAGCUGCCCGCACUUAUUGGAUGACGGUUUCUCUUGCAUAUGCGAAGCAGAAGAAGAUUGACCAUGCCAUCGAGAUGCUCAACCGUGGCGGCAACGCCAUGCAAGACAACAACCCCAAAGAGAAACUCAGCAUAAUCACAUGUUUGUGUUGGAUGUAUCUUUGGAAAAGUCGGGAAGCUCCUCGUGUUCUACCCGACGGCGAUGUCCAAACCGAAGCCAAGACGAAGGACUUUUACCUUCAAUUAGCCACCUCUUCCCUCAAUGACGCAUCACGCAUAAACCCGGCAUUCCCACCUCUAUUUCUGGCCCGCGGUGUACUGCAGCUUCUUAAGGCGUCGCUACAGACGCCCUCUAAAAACCCCGGGGUUGGCCGCGAAGGGGAUAGGGCUGGCCAUGAAAAAGAUAAGGCUGAUCUCCUGAAGAGCGCCUUGAAGGCUUUCGACCAAGCGAGUAAGGUUUCACAGGGCAAGAACAUGUUGGCUUCACUUGGAAGAGCAAGAGCCCUAUUUGGCCUGGGCAACUACAAGGAGUCCCUGGAGGUUUAUCAGAGUGUUUUGAGGAAGAUGCCUGAUUUGGUAGAUCCGGACCCCCGAAUUGGUAUCGGAUGUUGCCUAUGGCAGCUCAGAUACAAGGAUGAUGCGAAGCAAGCCUGGGAGCGAAGUCUAGAAAUCAACCCAGAGUCGAAGGCGGCCAACAUCCUCCUAGGUUUGUACUACCUAGACGCUAGCAGUCGGGUCCCUACGAAUAGCCCUGAGUUUAUUAGACUGUACAAGAAGGCCAUGAACGAGUAUACACAGAAGUCCUUCAAGAUCGACAAGAACCAACCGUUGACGUGCGCAACAUUUGCCAGCUACUUCUUGUCGACGAAGAACCUCGCCUAUGUAGACUCGCUCGCCAACAAGGCUAUUCAGUUCACCGACGUUAACGCGAUUGCAAGUGAUGGCUGGUAUCUUCUCGCCCGAAAAGAGCAUUACAGUGGCAAUUACGACAUCGCCGCCGAUUAUUACCGCCGCGCUGACGAAGCUAGAGGUGGUCUCGAUAGAGGCUAUCUACCCGCCAAAUUCGGUGUCGCCCAGCUCUCUGUUCUGAACAAUGACCUGGGCGAGGCAAAGCUUCGUCUAGAGAAGAUCAUUCAAUCUUCUAGCAAAAAUGAACGGAACUACGAGGCCAUGAUUCUCUUGGGCACCCUGUACGCUGAAGAAGUAUUCGCCAAUCAGUAUGUCACUCCUAAAGAGGAUAAAUCUGCAGAGAUGCGGAAAGCCAUAGAGUAUCUGGAACAUGCACGCACAGCUUGGAAAGACCCCAAGAAGAAUCUAGCACCAGAUUCCGCAAUCUUGCUGAACUUGGCUCGCCUAUACGAGAGUGAUCACCCGGACAAGGCCCUUGAAUGUCUUUUGCAGGUUGAACAGCUUGAAUUAGAUCAAAUUCCUCCCUCAGAACACCCGACUGAUACCGAGGACGAGUCAGCUCUGCGAAAUGCGCUCCGGAAGAAUCUUCCCCCUCAAUUACUGAAUAACAUCGGUUGCUUCUACUCCCAGGCCGAGAAGCACGACCUAGCAAGCCAGAUGUUUGAAGCUGCCUUGAGUUCGUGCAUGCGAAUUAGCGAAAAGGGUGAAGACACAGACACGGAUUCUCUAGUUACCACUAUCAGCUUCAAUCUCGGCAGAAGCUACGAGUCACAGGGCCUUACGGAUGAAGCAGUUGAUGUGUACGAGAAGUUACUGAUCCGGCACAACAACUAUAUAGAUGCCAAGGCUCGACUGGCAUAUAUCAAAUUACGGAAGAAUCCUAACAAGGAAGGUCCGGACGCUGUCGCGCAGCUACAACAAGAAAAUUCGACUGAUCUUGAAGUUCGUGCCUUGUAUGGUUGGUACCUCGGCCGAGUGAGCUCUCGGAAAAGGUCAGGUAACGUCAAUGAAGAUCCAGAGUUGCGGCAUUACAAGCACACUCUCCAACACCACGACAAGCAUGACCGUUAUGCACUUAUCGGCAUGGGCAAUCUGUAUAUGAUGGCUGCUCGUGAAAUGCGUCGAGAUACCGAGCAAGAGAAGCAAAAGCGAUCAGCUGGAUAUACACGUGCCGUCGAGUUCUUUGACAAAGCGCUACAGCUAGAUCCAAAGAAUGCCCAUGCCGCCCAGGGGAUUGCUAUUGCACUUGUUGAGGAUAGGAAGGAUUAUAAAUCAGCGCUUCCUAUCUUCUUGAAGGUGCGUGAGACAAUUAAGGAUCCCAAUGUUUAUAUCAACAUUGGACACAUCUAUGCAGAACUGCGUCAAUUCUCCAAAGCUAUCGAGAGCUACGAGACCGCAUUGUCAAAGGAGGGCAAACAAGACGAUCCCGGUAUCCUAGCAUGUCUCGGGCGGACGUGGCUGAACAGAGGCAGACAUGAGCGAAAUCUAGACGCAUACAAGAACGCUCUACAUUUCGCAAGAGAGGCCCUUCGAGUCUCUCCGGAUCAGAUCCACUUCAAGUUCAAUGUCGCAUUCGUUCAGGUUCAGCAAGUCCAGUACAUAAUUAAUGUAGCCGAGACUCAACGCACCCUAGCUCAGCUUGAGGAAGCUUCGGAAGGCCUUGAGGCGGCUAUUGUUGCCUUAGAUGAGAUCGCGACUCAUCCACAACCCCCGUACCCUAAGGCGGAUCUCGAGCAGCGAGCAAAUAUGGCUCGCAACACGCAACGCAAGCAGCUUGCGCGUCAAAUUGAGCAGCAGAAAGAGUACGAAGAAAAGAACAAGGAGAAGCUAGCGGCUGCUCUAGAGCAGCGGCAGGCCGAAAUGAAACGUCGUCAAGAGGAACGACAGAAAGCUCUUGAUCAGGAGCGUGAGAGACAAGAGAAGAUCCGCAAAGAGCGCGAGGAAAUCGCGGCUCGUGAUAGGGAACUAGCUGAGCAACGAGAGAAGGAAGAUAUGGAGCGGAUGCAGGCCGAUAUGACUACAGAUAGUGAGACAGGUGCAAAGGUCAGCCGAAAAGGAAAGGCUAAGGCGCGCGGCAAGGCCAAACCAAAGGGUCGUUCGCGAAAGAAGCAAGAGGCUGAUGACGACGAGUCUGAAGAAGAACGCCAGCCGAAGAAGAAGCGAAAGCUCGCCACAAAGAAAGAGUCGAACACUAAAUACAAAUCUGCGGAGAUUGUGGUCGACAGCUCCGAUGAUGAUGAUGCCCUAGAUCGCGCUGACCAAGCCAUCGAGCAUCAUCGCACUCCUGCUUCGGAUGCUGACGACGUGUCGAGAGCCGAUGAGAAUGAGAACCGGAUGGAUGUGGACAAUGCAGCUGGUCAGGACGAAGAGGAAGAAGAGGAGGUGACUACCACCCGCGCAUCGGCUAGAAGCGGCCGCCGCGGCAGAGUUCUUGAUGAUAGUGACGAGGACGAAAAUGAAGCCGGCGGUUCUGCAGAAGUCGAGGGGAACGAAGGAUCGGGCGCUGACGAUGGCGAAGCUGGCGCAGGUGCUGCAGACACGAGCAUGGCAGACGCUGCGGAUGACGACGAAGAGGAGUAACGCAGUCACUUUCCUGUACAUUAAAAAAAAGGGCAAAUUCGGCGUCACUGAGAGCUUGAGCUAUUUCGGCAACACAUGUACGCAAGACUUGCGUUGCUUAAUAAGAUAAGAAUGAAUUCCUCAUG